AUGGUAGAUGAGGCCGGCAAUGGCACCGUGAAGGUCAUCAAGGAGCAGAGACUCUUCGCCUCAGAACCCGAUCCACAGUGGUUUGGAAACAAGGGAAAUGUUCCACUCGAUUCCGCCGAAGGCAAGAAGUGGACGAACGAGAACUGGUUGAAAUCGCGCUUCCACUUCAACUUCGCAGAAUACCACGGUGGCCCAUCCAGCUUCGGCGUCUUACGCGUCAUGAAUGAUGACUUGGUGCAACCACGUCGUGGCUUCGGUGCACACCCUCACAGGGACAUGGAAAUCAUGACUUUUAUUAUCGAUGGCUUCCUUACGCACAAGGACUCCAUGGGGACCGAGGAGACCUUGGGCCGUGGUUCCGUUCAGUUCAUGACUGCGGGUACAGGGAUCCGGCACUCAGAGCACAACCUGAAAGACGAGCCCUUGCGAUUUGUGCAAUGCUGGGUGGUGCCAAGAAGGAGGGGGUUCCCCCCCAACUACGGGUCGAUGUCCGGAGGAGGGGAGGCGGAGGCAGCAAGGAGAGAUCAGUGGGCUCAUGUGGUUUCAGAUGCUGAGGGGCCUACGAAGGCUGCAGUGCAGAUUCAACAAGAUUGCCGGAAACCUAGAACCAGAUUGCGGCUUCUUGCUAUUGCUGAAGUAGCAAAGCUCGAGGGCUAUGGCUUUUGGGGGCUUUCCUAUGGCUUCUGGAGACGUGCCUCCCUUUCGAUGGGUGUAUGA